AUGAGAAAACUGGCCAACCACGUGUGCACACAAAUUGUACAAGUGGAUAGGCAAAUCCUAGCAAGACACUUGUAUUCUAAACAUAGGUACAUGCAAAGAUUUGAAGGCAACUGGGAACAAGAAAACUGGCUAAUAUCGGGCAAGUGGGUAGGGAAAUCCUUGUCAGACAACUCUACACUAAGCACUACCUGCAAACAUCAGAAGGUACCUGGGGAAGAGGGAAACUGGCCAACGACCUGUGCAGACAUGUCGGGCAGGUGGCUGAGGAAAUCCUGGUAUGAUAAGCACAUGAACAUGCAAACAUCUAAAGGCAACUAG